CAAAAUAUAAUGAAGAGCAAAAAACCAAAAACUCUCGCUCUUCAUUUUCUCUUUUACUCUUUCUUCAUCUCACCCCCACUCACCUUUCCUUCCCAUGGAUAUCCCCAAAGCUGAACCACCUCCUCCCCAUUACUACGCUCCUCUACCAUGCCACCACGACCAAAACUAUAUCGUUUUACCCUUUUACCAUCCCACCAACAUCCAUCUCCCUCCCUGGCGCAGGCGUAUUAUCAUCACCGUCGCCGUCUUCCUCCUCGUUGCUGCUUUCCUCUAUCUCUUGUGUCCUUCCGAUCCCUCCAUCAAGAUCGUCCGGCUACAGCUAAACAAACUGCAUAUCCACACUUUGCCUGUAAUCAGCAUUGACGUGUCACUACACGUCACCGUAAAAGUACGUAACUUAAACGUGUAUUCUAUGGAUUUUAGGCACAUCGAAGUGGAUCUCAAGUAUAGAGGGAAGAUGCUAGGGAAUGUGAGAUCAGGAGAAGGGCAUGUGAGGGCCCUAGCAUCAUCCUACGUGGAUGCUGAGAUGGAAUUUAAUGGGGUCAGGGUUCUGUCUGACGUGGUGUUCUUGCUUGAGGAUUUGGCUAGGGGCAGGGUGCCCUUGGAUACUACUACUGCCUUCACUGGGAAGCUUGGGUUUUGGUUCUUUCAGUUCCCUUUGAAGGCAAAAAUGUCAUGUGAAGUAUUGGUGAACACAAACAGCCAGACAAUUGUUCGUCAAAAUUGCCUCUCAGAGGUAUAUAUAGAGAGAAAGAGAGAGGCUCAUGUCCUUCCACCAUGAUGCAUGGCCAUUGACGACGUGCCUGCAUGCAUGCACCAGAAGCUAAAAGAAUUUAACUUGUAUAUGCCUGUUUCUGCUAUGUGUGUAUAUAUUCUCAUGUCAUUAUAAGCAAGUGCUGCAAAUGAAACCGAUUGUGUGUAUUUUACCAUUUAUUUAUUAAUUAGGAGAUAUUAUUAUAGGUAAGGAAAAUUAAUUUUAUGUGAGUUAGAAUAUUAAAUUUA